UGUCCCCAGGUCUUUCCUAUUUGUACCAGACCUAUACUCCGUACUCCGUACAUCCUUGGCUCCGUAGGCCGUAGACAUCCCAAAGAGCCCAGGACCGAGAGAUUGCCCAUUGCCUGCCAUGGUCGGGCCGCCUUGCACCUCAAUUCGAGCAGGGCUGAAGAGCAUUUCUGCACGUCACAUCUCGGACACCGCUGA